UAUGGCAGCCUUGGGCCGCCUGGCCCGGCCGAGCUGCCGAGCGAGCAGAGCCAUUCCAUUGUAUAAUCCGCUGGUGGUGUCGUGAACAGUGUCUGGUGCAUUUUAUAGAGCAACUCAGUUAAUUGGUGGAUUAUUAUUUUUACCAGGGGAAGCAGUGUUGCCACGCUGGAAGUCGCCAUGACCACGAUUGAAGCCCCUGCCUGCUCUUGCCCUGAGCCAGUUUGUGGGACUCUGCCAGAUGAAUUCCUGCAACACGUCCAACAAGGAAACCUCACGACGAUCAAGGAAUGGCUGGCAUCUGAGGGCGACGUGAACUCUGCAACCACAGCCGGUUACACUCUGCUGUCUGCAGCCUGUAUCUGCAACCAGUUGGAGCUGGUGCACAGGCUCCUGAAGGACCCACAGCUCCACCUCAACACCAAGCACAGAAUAGGGACACUGAGUGGACUGACGCCCUUUUGCAUCGCGGCUUACAAGGGCCUUCAAGACAUUGUUUUGGCCUUGCUGGAGUCUCCUUCUUCUUCAGCUGCUGAGGGGAAGCAGUGUUGCCACGUUGGAAGUUGCCAUGAGCAUGAUUGAAGCCCCUGCCUGCUCUUGCCCUGAGCCUGUUUGUGGGACUCUGCCAGAUGAAUUCCUGCAACACAUCCAACAAGGGAACCUCACGACUAUCGAGGAAUGGCUGGCAUCUGAGGGUGACGUGAACUCUGCAACCACAGCCGGUCACACUCUGCUGUCUGCAGCCUGUAUCUACAACCAGUUGGAGCUGGUGCAGAGGCUCCUGAAGAACCCACAGCUCCACCUCAACACCAAGCACAGAAUAGGGACACUGAGUGGACUGACUCCCUUUUGCAUCGCGGCUUACAAGGGCCUUCAAGACAUCGUUUUGGCCCUGCUGGAGUCUCCUUCUUCUUCAACUGCUGAGUGUCGGCUCAACGUGGAGGCGACCUCGAGCCGAGGCAAAAGUGCUAUUAGAUUGGCAGCCGAGAAGAAGCACUGGGAUGUUGUGGAUUCUUUAGCUGCCCUCAAUUCCUCGCUUCCAGCUGAAGACUCGAUCAUCGUCACGAACCUGGCGAAGUUUGCGAACAGAUUCAACGUGGUAAAGCUCCUACACAUGCAGAAGGAAGACUCGUCCAUACCGGCUUCGGAGAGGGUCUAUGCCAAUGACACGAGUCCUCGCGGCCUUGUUCUGAUCCUGAAUUACAAGUUCGAAGACCAACCCAAAAUGGAGAGAAAGGGUACGGAGGCUGACGUCGCUCUCCUGCAGGAGGUCUUCCACGGAAUGGACUACGUCACGGAGGUUCACUGCGACUUGUCGCUGUCCGGCACCCAACAGGAGCUCGCAAACUUGUGUGAGCAGGACCGCCUGAAGGACUUCAGCUGCGUCGUCGUGGUCGUCUUGACUCACGGCGAGAAUCAAAACACCUUUUGCACGGCAGAUUUAAACCCGAUGACCACCGACGACCUUCUCUCGUACUUCGUCCCGAGCCGGUGCCCUCACCUGAAAGGCAAGCCCAAGAUAUUUCUCCUCCAGUUCUGCCGCGGCGUCUACAUGGCCAAUCAGGUGAACAUGGGUCAGCGGGCGAAGUCAGACUUGGUUCGCCCCAGAAGAGACGCCUUCACGGACAUGCUUUGCAUCUACGCUGCUCAGGAGGGCUUUGAGAGUUAUCGCUUCGAAGGCAACCCGCAGGAUCCCUUCAUAGGGACGCCCUUCAUUCAGGCCUUCUCUCGAGUGUUGCAGACCAAAGGCCGUAUUUUCCUCGAUGAUUUCUGAGGGAGUUCGUCGCCGAAUACAAUCAGACACUGUGCGGUCAGCCCAUGGAAGUUAAGGAGCUGAAUUUCAGGAAGAAAUUCUGUUUCAAUCCCAGCAGCCAGUGACAAGUGUAUAGGUUAAUAUUAGACUUCGAGUUUUGUAUGUGUUUAGUUUGUAAGCAACUUACAAAAACUGUGUUUUUUUUACCACAAAUGUGUUAAUUCGCGCUCGUUUGUAGCUCUCUAUAUUUGAACAUUCAUCUUACAAAAACAAACUUCAUACAUGGGCAGUCGUAGAACUACAGUUCAUCUACCUUUUAGAAGUGUUCACUGACUAUCUGUGAUGUAUCUUCCACUUCUUGGGCGGCUGUUAUUUUCCCCUAUUAUUUACCAUUCUCUUCACUACACACCACAAACACUGACAACUUUCCUUUGUCUUGUGCUUGCAUAUCCGCCGAUUUGUUUUAAGGUUGUCAAUAAUAGAGAUUUGCUUUUUUAAAAAUUUUCCCCAGGGUUGAUUUCGACAUCAAUAAGUGCUCACAACCUUUACCAAACUAUGUCCUGUUAUUACUUAAUUAUUGCGCAUAGUUACUAGGGGAGUCUGUGAUAUAUUUAUCAUGUUGUGUGCAACAGGGUAUUUGAAAUACAAAGUAAAACACACCAAGUUUACCAUCCUUGCAUCACACCCCCCCCCCCCCCCCCACCA